AUUCGUCGCGAGCAGAUUCUAGGACCAACCACGGCGUUCAAGCUCUGGCGGUCUGCAUAUCUUUCAGCAUUCCUCUUCUACCGCCGAGGAAUUCUACUAAUCCGUUUGCCCCAAGAAUGCCUAAUGGGUUAUACAUAAGGCUACUGGAUUGCUCCUGUUUGUCUAUCCAGCCUACGCUUUUCCUGCUUGGACUCAAUAUCAGGAGCAGAAUUUCUAAGUUAAACAGGCAUGGACGACGCCUGGGUUCGGCAUGUCACCUCUAUUCUUGAGUAUCUAGAUGCAUGCGCAAUGUCACCAGAUGGGCAGGCGCUACAGUCAUCCAGAGACCUUAUGACCUCUUUGGACGCGUGGUCCUUCUUUGGCUCAAGCGAACACUAUGGACUUCAAAUCAGGGCACUCGACAUCUUGCAACGUAUUGCUUAUCAUGAUGUCGACGGUGAAGCGGUCACAGACAUUGCGAGUUGGAGCCUGGAGAGAUGGUUAAGAGUUCUGCAAAGAUAUCCUCGCAGUGUGCCAGCACUCAGAGGAAUUGGUUGUUGGUGGCUCUCUAGGGCACAACCAGGUCUUGCAAGGAUUCAUGCCGUGGACGGGAGCUCAUCAGGAAGUGAAGGAUCGAGACAUCCAAGCAGCGUAGAAGUCGGGCCCCAUUGUGAAGAAGAGACACAAGCAAACAUACAGAUACAAAGGGAGGCGGAAGCAAGGCUUGGAACUCACGACUAUGUUGAGGCGAGAGGGUACCUCCAGCCAGCUACGGAGUAUUUGCGCCGCGCUGUGGAUGAGGCUUCGUCACAGAGUAACAUUACUAGCCACUUGCUCAUCACUGCAGCCGAAGCAUACAUGAGCUUGGGAAACGUCUCUUCGCCGCGAGACGGCGAAGCACUGUUUACGCAAGCCAUCUACUAUUUACGCCAGGCUUCGAGAAUUCCCGGUUACCCGUUACCGGCUCACUUACAAAAAUGGCUCGACGAUUACGGGCGCUGGGUCAACUGAGGCAAACUGCGGUGAAUCGAGCGCUGUUUUCUAUCCACCUCGUCAUGCUUUGGACAUUCUCGAGCUGGACCUGAGAAGCGUCAUACCUGGAACGUCUGAGCAGGCUGAUGACACUCCCUGCGCACACAAUGCUAUUAACGAGUUAACAAAAGCGAAGGAAAAUACCUCACUCUUUUUCUGUC